UCUAUAUCAGCGACAUACGAUAUGCCCCGCCGGAAUUAACGAAAUACCGUGGGGCAUAGGCGCCAAUAUUGUUGCCUGGGAGAAGAACCGAGAAGAAAAUGGCUGUUGACUGGCCCUUCUGCGGUUGGCACCAUUCAACACACUUGAUGUUAUGCUUCUACAUCUCUCAUUCACGUUUUCGAAAUACUGUUAUCCGCCGCAAGAUGUCCGAGGCACCCGAAGUCAUUGUCGAGUACGCCUACGACCACAUUUCAGAAUGGUACCUGCAGUGGGUCAGAAGCCAGAAAUCGCCGCGGGAAAGAUACACCAAGAGGCUUCUUGCGGAGCUGCAGCCCUCACCUGCUAUUUUAGAGCUCGGUUGUGGCCCUGGGGUUCCCAUCAUGAAGAUGCUUCUCGAUCACGGCGCACGAGUAGUCGCAAAUGACAUCUCAACUAAGCAAAUCGAACUGGCAAAGGCCCGCUUCCCAAAUGCAACUCUAGUUGCAGGCGACAUGACAGCACUCACUUUCGAGCCUGGGAGCUUCGAUGGAGUAGUCAGUUUCUACACCCUUUUCCACCUUCCACGGUCGAAGCUCCGGGCUAUGCUCAAAAAAAUACACUGCUCGCUGAAGCCUGGAGGAGUAUUUGUUUGCAAUCUUGCAACAAUCAACGAGGAAGAAAUCCAUGGCGAGUUCUUAGGAUAUGGGAUGUUCUGGAGCAGUUAUGACGUGGACGAGAAUCAAGCACUGCUUAGAGAAGUCGGAUUUGAUUUAUUACAGGUGGAAAUAUUGCAAGCGGGAGAUGGGAAGCUUGAGGAGGAUGAUCCAGAUUUUGACGCCGAGUUUAUGUGGGUGGUAGCACGAAAGAAAGAUUCUCCUACCGAGUAAAUGCUGUAACGGGCAGGUGAAGGCGGUCGGUAGCCCAUAUAUAAUUGGCU